AUGUAUCAGUACACACCAUUCUCUGUCUCCGUGUCCGUUUACUCCCCUGCUACGCUUGCAUCUUCUGCUGCCAUCUUGACUCAGGCACUGGCCGUGAAAGAUGCUAAGGUUGACUAUGGCGGUCUUGUUAACCACCUGGCACCAUGCCACAUUGCAGACUCGGACUCUCUUGGCUUUCUCCAUUCUCGAGGCUGCCCCAGCAAGGAUUUGCCGAGAAACCUCCAGGAGUUCAGGACCCCCAUGAAUCCCACGCUUCGAGACUUGGACCAAUUCGGCUCCGGCCCCACUGCGGCCCAGAACCCGGACCUCAACCAGUGUCCUAAUCGGGCAAAAGGGCAGCGCUCACGGCCUGGCGAGUGCCAUUUGACAGUCGAGCUAGCAAAUGGACUAUCUCCUAAUCAACCUUCGCGUCAUAUCGCUCGCUCCAAUGUUUGGGACCGAUACCAUGGAGCAUGGCAGAGCUUACCGUCGGAAAGGAGCCAGACUAUAUUUCUUCGAUGCCCGCGCUUUCUUCGAUCCCCUCGAUCCUCGGAGCUGCGAUCUGAAGCCUGA